GCGGCGAGCGAGGGUCGUCCUGGGCCUGGGGGAGGCGGGCCUCGGGCUUCGACGCUGCGCUCUGUGGCCGUUUUCGCCCGGAGGAAGUGCGGUCGGAGCCGUGCUGGCGGCGUGAAGACGGCAGGCAUGGUGGGGCGGGAGAAAGAACUGUCCAUCCACUUUGUCCCGGGGUGCUGCCGACUGGUAGAGGAGGAAGUGAACGUCCCCAGUAGGCGGGUUCUGGUUACUGGUGCGACUGGGCUUCUUGGUAGAGCUGUGUACAAAGAAUUUCAGCAGAACAACUGGCAUGCCACUGGUUGUGGUUUUAGAAGAGCAAGGCCAAAAUUUGAACAGGUUAAUCUGCUGGAUUCUGAAGCAGUUCAUCACAUCAUUCAUGAUUUUCAGCCUCAUGUCAUAGUACAUUGUGCAGCAGAGAGAAGACCAGAUGUUGUGGAGAAUCAGCCAGAUGCUGCUUCUCAGCUUAAUGUGGAUGCUUCUGGGAAUUUAGCAAAGGAAGCAGCUGCAGUUGGAGCAUUUCUCAUCUACAUUAGCUCAGAUUAUGUGUUUGACGGAACAAAUCCACCUUAUAGGGAGGAAGACAUACCAGCUACCCUAAAUUUGUAUGGCAAAACAAAAUUGGAAGGAGAAAAGGCUGUCCUGGAGAAUAAUUUAGGAGCUGCUGUUUUGAGAAUUCCUGUUCUGUAUGGGGAGGUUGAAAAGCUUGAAGAAAGUGCUGUAACUGUUAUGUUUGAUAAAGUGCAGUUCAGCAACAAGUCAGCAAACAUGGACCACUGGCAGCAGAGGUUUCCCACUCAUGUCAAAGAUGUAGCCACUGUGUGUCGACAGCUGGCAGAGAAGAGAAUGCUGGAACACCAUUUCGAAUUGGAAUUAAAGAAUCACUCUGGCCUUUCCUCAUUGACAAGAGAUGGAGACAAACGGUUUUUCAUUAGCACAUGUUUAUUUGUGGUUUUUUGUUUUAAUGAAAAGUAUGGUAUGUGGCACUUUUUAAAGAAAAAAAAGGAAAUAGUUUUGUAUGAGCAUUCUUCAGUUGUGACUCAGUUUUUCAGGUAAAUGAUGCUCUUGCACUAGUGAAGGUAUAUAAAGAAACUUAAAGGGCAUUGAUGCCUUGUUUGCAUUAAUGAUUUUUCUCUUUAUCAUUUUGUUCUGGCUUAAUUUGCGGUUUGAAUAAAAUUAAGGUUCUUAAAUAUCUGAGAGCCAGGAUGAAACAGAUCUGCUGUAAACUUAUUUUGGAUGAAAUGCAUUGUUCACUCCCAUAACUUUCAUAUUUUCAGGGUUUUUUUUUUUGCAGCUGUUGACUGUUGUACGUUGAUUGUUUUCAAGUGUGUGAAAUUGUAUAAAAAUCAUUGGUGUUAUUUGCUUGAGCUCAGAUCAAAUGUUUGAAGAAAGAAACUUAAUUUUUGCAACUUAAGUACAAUUUUUAUGCUUGAGAUACUUCAACAUGUUAUGUAUAGUGGAACUUCUGAAGCCUGUUGCCUCCUGCUUUUGUAGCAGUGUAUGGUAAGCACUUGAGAGUGUGUAUGUGUCUUUUUUUAAUAUAAAUAUAUAACUGUCCUUUUCACUCCAUGUUGCUAAGUGAUAUUUCAUAUUUGGUGAUACUAAUAAUAAUGGCCCUUGUAAGUCUUGACUGCUCAUGAAUAAUAAAUACAUACUGUUGGCAUGUAA